AUGGCUUUAAAGUAUGAAUUAGAACAAUGGGCCUCUGCUGUUGCCGCUUACGAAGAGGACGACUUUAACAGAGCUCUCGAGGUUUUUGAGAGUAUUGCAGACUCUGCAAAAUUUCAUUUCAAUAUGGGAUUGAUAUACGCAACCUGUGGAGAGCAUGAAGAAGCUUGUCGAUCAUACGAACAGGCAACCAAAUUGGAUAUAUACUUUGCAGUAGCCUACUUUCAAAAGGGUGUCUCCCAUUUUCUAUUGAGUGAUUUUGAAGCUGCACUCACGAGUUUCAAUGACGCAUUGCUUUAUCUUCGCGGUAACAUGCUGAUAGAUUAUGAGCAACUUGGUCUCAAAUUCCGUCUAUAUUCAUGUGAAGUUUUAUUUAAUCGAGGGUUAUGUUAUUUGUAUUUGGGUCAGACGGAAAAGGGUUUGGAUGAUUUUGCUUAUGCUGCGAAAGAAAAACAAACUGAAGAGCAUGAUGUAAUUGAUGAAGCUAUGAGCAUUCAAGGCCAGGGUUUUACGGUAUUCUCCAUUCCUGUGGGAGUAAUCUAUAGGCCACCAGAAGGAAAGUUGAAAAAUGUAAAAACGAAAAACUAUCUAGGGGAGCCGACAUUGAUUGCUGUUGUCGAUCCAGGAGAUGCAUUCGUCGGAUUUACAGGUGCAGAACAGAUGAAGAACCAGCAAAUGAGUACAACAGCACCAAUAACCAAGGAGCGAACCGACGGAAGGGUCGAUUCGUUUGAUGGCAACGGCUCGCGUCCAGGAUCGCCACUCGAUCGGCCACGCUCAUUAUCAACAAAUCCGCGCAAUCCACCAUUCCCUGCUAUAAGCACACGUCCAAGUAUCCGGCGCCAACCGCAACGUAAGAACACUUUACCAACGACGAGAGAAGCUGCCCCGCUUGCACCAGGCGGUGGUCGUAAUGCUGGCCCGCCUAAACUAAUACCGGGUGAUGAAACGGGGGGAACACGCCCUCUUCGUCGACCAACUGAUAUACUUGUUUCUAACCACUAUCGAUCCAACACUAUUGACAAUGGCCGUCCAUCUCCAAAACUUGCGAGUGCUCGUCAGAAUUCUCUUCGGAAAGUGUCAAGAAAUGGAUCGCUUCGACGCGAGCCCUCACCUAAUCCAUCUGUAGCGAAUGUGGGAUUACCUUCCCGAAGACAAGAUUCAUUGCGCCGCGAUCGAUCUCCAAAUCCUCGAGUUGAGCUUACUCCAUCAAACGACUAUCGGCCUCCAUUCAUGCAAGGAAAAAUACCAAUCCAACAACAGGCGGAUGAAUCAAACGGUGUUUACCCCAACGCGUAUCAAAAUUUAAAUCCAGGAAACAAUACCGACGAUUUCAAUCAAUUGUAUGAUUACAUUAUGAAUAAUGAUGGUUAUUAUGUGGAUGGAAAUAAACCUGAUAAUAACUUAACAUUGUUGAAUGGCAGCAGUGAUAAUCAAGGAGUACGCAUGAUUCAAUCGCCUCCCGAUAAUCAGAAGGCAGCCGGAUAUAUGUUAUCUCCCCGGCAAGAAGGCAUGCAAGGUCUCGAACUAAGUCCUGAAGAUACAAGAACAUAUGCAAGUAUAUUUGGAAAGAAGGGUUUGAAGAAGGAAGAUAAUUUUAAGAUUCGAAUCAAAUGCUAUCAUAAAGACACCCGAGCCUUCAUAGUACCCAACACUAUAACAUAUGAAGAUCUUGUCAGGCGAAUUCAGGAAAAGUUUGGUAAUCUCUCACAGUUUAAAUUGAGAUAUAAGGAUGACGAUGGCACAAAGGUCACUUUAACUGAUCAGGAGGAUCUGGAAAUGGCUCUUUCACAUGCUGCCCCAUCUUCGGACGGCAUAAGGAAGAUGGAGUUAUGGGUAAAUGACGACUAA